UCUGAAAUAGUGUGAGAUUUUUUUAAAAUAGUGAAAUAUCAUUACCAACGAAAUACGUAAGAGGUAUAGAAAAAAAGGAGAAAAGAGAGUACAAAAGUGCUUAGCAAUGCAGCACAACAAAGCGGUUAAACCCCCUCCCUGAAGUUGUGGAUAUAAUUUUGAAUAGUACAAUUAAUCUGAUUUAUCUGUACAAUUUUUUUUAAUUAAAACUUAAAACGAAAAUAAUAUAUAACCCAUUAAAAUUUCUAAAAAGAGAUAUUAAAAGAUUUUUGUAAAUCUUCUUUACAAAUAUUAAAGCACUUUUAGAUUUACACUACUGCCACGUACCCCUUCCUGCAAUUAGAAGAUGUCCACGUCAGCCUCUUCAUACGUUCCGCCCUCUAUCAUGAUUUCGGUGAACUACUCUGCCCCUAAAAAAACCUCCACACUUUUUCUCCUUCAUCCUUCCCUGUGACUGUUAUCCGCCCGCCGCCUGCUCCAAUCCAACCUCUCUGCCGCCUCCAGAUUCCGCCACCAAUUAGCCUCUUGCACCACUCCGAAGUCGAGCCCGUGGAAAUCACCCAUUCACACCGUCAAAUUCUCCCUCAUAGCUUGCGCCUGUCUAGAUUCGUCAUGAUCGAUCAGUCUGUGGCCACGAUUUAUAACCCUGAAAUCUCAAUAUGCCUUUUGUCCCAUUUGAUUGAAUCUCCAUCCUCGGUCACGUUCCGGCAGGGCGUCCACCCAUCCGAAUUCUGCCACCGAGUCGCCUCCACCACUCAGAAGCCGCGACCGUUGAAAUCCACCAAUCACAUCGUGAAGUUCUGCCUCAUAGAAGGCCUGCGUGCGGCCGCCGCCGGGGAUCGGGCAUGAUCGAUCAGUCAUCGGCUACCCAACAAUCGCACCCAAUAAAUCUUCCUGUUGUGUGGAAUCUGAUUCGUGGAUAAUUGAAACUGCAAUACAGAGUUGUUAUUUUGCCCAAGGACAAUUGGAACUGGGGCUUCACUUCCGGCAAAAGGUACGUUGGGCCCAUUUGGCCAUUUCCAGUUUCUCUAAGUUGUUCUUUGCUCCACUUCCAUCAUGAAGCCAGUAGAGUGCAAGAGCUCCCAGCCAAUUUUGCUCUUAAUUCUUCUGCGGAGUAUGAUGAAACCACGUAAAAAAAAGCAUUAACCUUUUUGUAGUGGUCAAUUACUUUUGUUUCUUCUUUGUAACCAACAAUAUGAUAGGAUUGUCAUGUGUAAAUUGUAACUAAGUUAGAAUGGAAGUCUGAAUUUGCUGCUGCAAGAUUCGGAUGUGAAAGCUCUAUUUUGCUUUCCAUGGUAGUUAAUUUGGCAUUUGUGGGUAUAAUUUUGGAUUUUAAAUAUAUUGUUCCUUUCACUUCUUGAUUGAAACUUAUUAAGAGAAGUUCAUUAUGAAGGCAUUGAGUUGAUUUUUAUGUGAAUCUUGCAAUUGAGUUGAUUACUGAAUCUUGCUCAUCUCGGUUUUUCUUUCUCCUUUUUUCCUAUUUUGUGGCGAAGGAACCGUUGCUUCCUGCCUGUUGAUUUCCGAAGAGUUAGAAUUGACCUUUCAUAUGCUGAAAACAUAUGUUCUUCUUCCCUACCUAAAUCUUUAUAUCAGGCCAUUUGUCAAUCCAUUCUCAUGUACUUUCCAUCAUCUCUUUUGGUUAUGAUUUGAAACCAAUAAAAUACUAAAACCUGAUGUAACAAAUUCGAAGUUAAUAGUAAAGAUUGAUUGCAACAAGUCCUUAACGGUGGGAAGAGUAGAGAAUUGAUAGGAGUAAGUAGUUCAAGCAGUGUCCAAUGUUCUCUUGAACUCCAAGCAAGUCAAGCACGAUGUAAUAAUUAUCUCCGUCCCUAUUUCUCUAUAUAUGUAUGGAUUUGUUUGGAGUUCAAGAAAAUGUACUAUCGAUAGAAAUUAAUAGUUCACGAUUGGAUUUUAAUGAUGAUGACUAUGUAAUUGUGUUACCACGUACUGACUAUUGAAUCAUGUGAAAGUUUUGAAAACUUCGUGGAAAAAUUUCAUCAAUGUACUUUGAUGUAGAGUCAUCCAAUAUAAUGCUGCCAUUUGAGCCAAGUGAACCCAGUUUACCAAGAAAUGAUCAUCUUGGUUGUUGAUUUAUUGAAUCUCUUUUACUAGGUUUCCACAUUUUGGUUUAUUUGUUAUACAACUAUUUGAGAACUUCAAUGAUAUAGUCAUAGUCGAACAUACCAUAUUUCAACAUGAGCAACAUCACCACUGCUAACGAGGAUCAGUAAAGGAAUCAAGACUUGCAUUCAACAACCGGACAAUAAUGUUAUGUUAAAGCC